GGUUCCGGGAACCCGCUGGGGCGGGGCGAGAAAGCAGGCGGCCGCACUGGUCGCUGAGACUCUGGCAGCCCCACGAAUCUGUGCUUCCGUCGGUCCAUUCGUCCUUCUGUCCGCCCAGCCAUGGCUCCGCGGGUCCCGGCACGAACGACCCUGUUGCUGCUGCUGCUGCUGCUGUUACCGCCGCCUCCGGGUGCCCAUGGCGAGGUGUGCAUGACUGCUCCAGGAGACAACCUAUUUCCUGAGUCCUGUCCUGAUUUCUGCUGUGGUUCCUGUUUCGACCAAUACUGUUGUUCUGAUGUGCUAAAGAAAUUCAAGUGGAAUGAGGAAAUGUGUGCUGUACCUGAGACCAGAAUUAAACUGAUGCAGUGGUGCAGGCCCGUAAUCCCAGUGACUCGGAAGCCUGGAGACAGGAGGAUUGCAAGUUCGAGUGUACCCAUCUACACAGAGCCACUGGAACAGCUGGGCUCGGCGCUGAGGUUUCGAUCUGGCUUUGACAGCGACCCCAUGUCAGGGUUUGGAGCAACUGUAGCCAUUGGCCUCACCAUCUUUGUGCUCUCUGUUGUCACCAUCAUCAUCUGCUUCACCUGCUCCUGCUGCUGUUUGUACAAGAUGUGCCGCCGACCACGUCCGGUCGUGACCACCACCACUACUGCCACCACUGUGGUGCACGCCCCUUACCCUCAGCCUCCCAGUAUGCCCCCCAGCUAUCCUGGACCGACGUACCAGGGCUACCAUCCCAUGCCUCCCCAGCCAGGGAUGCCAGCAGCACCCUACCCGACCCAAUACCCACCACCCUAUCCGGCCCAGCCCAUGGGCCCACCGGCCUACCAUGAGACCUUGGCUGGUGCAGCUGUGCCAUACCCUACCAACCAGCCGCCUUAUAACCCGGCCUACAUGGAUCCCCCAAAGGCAGCCCCCUGAGUGUGCCUCUGGCUGACACUUGAUUAUGUUGUGUGAGUGGUAUGCAGGCACAGUUCUUUACUGCCCUGUGUGUGGUGUGUGUGUCCUGUCUAGACACGUGACUUCCUCUGAUACUGACCAGGUAGGAAACAAUCCUUGCCAGAGUGGACUGGGACCAAACUUUUGCUUCCCCACUUGAAAUCAUGCUUCCUGAAAUCUCAAGCACAUUUGAAAAAUGGGGUGGGAGGUCUUUUCGACUCACCCCAGGGUUACCAGGUACAGUCUGUCACAUUAUGAUUGCCAUGGGCACCAUGGCCAUGUGUCCUGGUUUUAGGAGUGGCCAAUUGCUGCUCAAAAUCAUGGCUUGUUCCCAGGGUUUGGGGUGCCCUUUGCUGAGCCUGUGCCAUGAAACAGGCAAGUAGACAAAGUAGGGAUCUGGCUGAGGCUUAGUGCUUGGGGUAGAUGUCCUGUUGCUCCCUGGAAUGGGUGCCAUAGUCAGUGGAGGUGGUCAGCUCCUGAUGUCAACACAACUUAGUCACAGCCCCACCUACCUGACAACUGACUGUCCUUGCAUCCUUCCUGGAGGACCACAUCCACUCAUGAUCCCCACCACACAUGGGGAAUCUUUCCUGCCCUUGCCGCUUGGCCCUUCCCACAGGUGGACAAGGGGGCCUGUCCACCAACACACUCAGGUCUCCUCCCUGCGGUGUUUUUUACUUUUAGCCAAACCUUUUGCUUGUUUUCUGUUUUAAAAUGUGUGAAGCUGAAUGUAUGGAGAGAAAUUGACCCACUGAAGAGAGGGACAACCUGACCUCUGAAACUCUGUUUUCCCCUGAUACCAGCCUCAUAAGACUAUCAACUUGUGUGUCCCAGUCCACAGUUGUGCUGGCAGCAGGGACACCUGGGCCAAGGGGCCAUCUGGACCAAAGGUGGGGGUGGGGGCCCGGGUGGCAGCUGUGGCCCAGACACAAAUACCUCGGUGUUCCCUGCCCUGUUAAUGUUCGACCAGCUCUGUUUUAGCUUUGAAUCUGUUGAUAUGUUUCUGAGAGUCUAGGGUCUGCACACUUGUUUAUAAUAAAAGGAAAUAUUCAGA